AUGGGAGAAGGAAUUCGAAAAGGGAUAGAAAAAGGAAUUCGUAACGGGAUGAUAGAAGGAAUUCGUAAAGGGAUAGGAGAAGGAAAUCGAAAAGGGAUGGGAUAUGGAAUUCCAAAAGGGAUGGGAGAAGGAAUUAGUAACGGGAUGAUAGAAGAAAUUCGUAAAGGGAUAGGAGAAGGAAUUCGAAAAAAUAUGGGAGAUGGAAUUCGUAACGGGAUAGAAGAAGGAAUUCGUAAAGGGAUAGGAGAAGGAAUUCGUAAAGGGAUGGGAGAUGGAAUUCGUAACGGGAUAGGAGAUGGAAUUCGUAACGGGAUAGGAGAAGGAAUUCGUAACGGGAUAGGAGAAGGAAUUCGUAACGGGAUAGGAGAAGGAAUUCGAAAAGGGAUGGGAGAAGGAAUUCGAAACGGGAUUGGAGAAGGAUAUCGAAAAGGGAGAGGAGAUGGAAUUCGAAAAGGGAUAGAAGAAGGAAUUCGUAAAGGGAUAGGAGAAGGAAUUCGUAACGGGAUGGGAGAAGGAAUUCGUAAAGGGAUAGUAAAAGUAAUUAGUAAAUGGAUAGAAGAAGGAAUUCGUAAAGGGAUGGGAGAAGGAAUUCGUAAAGGAGAGGAGAUGGAAUUCGAAAAGGGAUAG